CUGCCCGAUGGGAUGGGAUGUGGAGCGGCUCCGCAGUAGCAGCAGCAGCAGCAGCAGCAGCAGCAGCAGCAGCAUCGUCCUCCGCAGCACCAGCCGCCGCCGCAGCAGCAGCGUAACUCUCGGCCCUUUCCUCUUUGCAGGAUGGCCCGCUUCGGAGACGAGAUGCCGGCCCGCUACGGGGGAGGAGGAGGAGGAGGAGGAGGAGGAGGCGCCGAGGGAGCAGCCGGGGGAGCCGCGGCGGGAGGUGGAGGCGGGCGAGGCGCCGGGGGCAGCCGGCAGGGCGGCCAGCCCGGGACGCAAAGGAUGUACAAGCAGUCCAUGGCGCAGCGAGCCCGGACCAUGGCUCUCUACAACCCCAUCCCCGUCCGACAGAACUGCCUCACGGUCAACCGGUCCCUCUUCCUCUUCAGCGAGGACAACGUGGUGAGGAAAUACGCCAAAAAGAUCACCGAAUGGCCUCCUUUUGAAUACAUGAUUUUAGCCACCAUCAUAGCGAACUGCAUUGUUCUUGCUCUGGAACAGCACCUGCCUGAUGACGAUAAGACCCCGAUGUCCGAGCGACUGGAUGACACGGAACCAUACUUCAUUGGAAUUUUUUGUUUCGAGGCCGGAAUUAAAAUCAUCGCCUUAGGGUUUGCUUUCCACAAAGGUUCCUACCUGAGGAAUGGCUGGAACGUGAUGGAUUUUGUGGUGGUGCUAACAGGCAUCUUGGCGAAAGUUGGCACUCAGUUUGACCUACGGACCCUGAGGGCAGUUCGUGUUCUGCGGCCACUAAAGCUGGUGUCUGGAAUCCCAAGUUUACAAGUCGUCCUGAAAUCUAUCAUGAAGGCAAUGAUACCUCUGCUGCAGAUCGGCCUCCUCCUGUUUUUUGCAAUCCUUAUUUUUGCAAUCAUAGGGUUAGAAUUUUAUAUGGGAAAAUUUCAUACCACCUGCUUUGACUUGGUGACAGGUGAUAUAAAGUCCGAGGGUCCGUGUGGGGUGGACGAACCUGCCCGCAUCUGCCCCAAUGGGACCAAAUGUGACCAAUACUGGGAAGGGCCCAACUACGGGAUCACACAGUUCGAUAACAUCCUGUUUGCAGUGCUGACCGUCUUCCAGUGUAUCACCAUGGAAGGGUGGACUGACCUCCUUUACGAUAGCAAUGAUGCCUCAGGGAACACUUGGAACUGGUUGUACUUCAUUCCCCUCAUCAUCAUUGGCUCCUUUUUUAUGCUGAACCUCGUGCUGGGUGUGCUGUCAGGGGAGUUUGCCAAAGAAAGGGAGCGGGUGGAGAAUCGGCGAGCUUUUUUGAAGCUGAGGCGGCAACAGCAGAUUGAGAGAGAGCUCAAUGGCUACAUGGAGUGGAUCUCAAAAGCGGAAGAAGUGAUCCUAGCGGAGGAUGAGACAGAUGGAGAGCAAAGACACCCCUUUGAUGUUGGAGCUCUACGGAGAGCCACCAUAAAGAAGAGCAAGACAGACCUGCUGAACCCUGAGGAAGCUGAGGAUCAGUUGGCCGACAUUGCCUCAGUGGGUUCUCCCUUCGCCCGAGCCAGUAUUAAAAGUGCCAAGCUGGAAAACUCAACUUUUUUUCAUAAAAGGGAGAGAAGAAUGCGCUUCUAUAUCCGCCGUAUGGUCAAAACUCAGGCCUUUUACUGGACAGUUCUCAGUCUGGUAACACUCAACACCUUGUGUGUUGCUGUAGUACACUACAACCAGCCAGAUUGGCUAUCCGACUUCCUCUACUAUGCAGAAUUCAUUUUCUUAGGACUCUUUAUGUCCGAAAUGUUUAUAAAAAUGUACGGGCUCGGGACGAGGCCUUACUUUCACUCCUCCUUCAACUGCUUUGACUGUGGGGUUAUCAUAGGAAGCAUCUUUGAGGUGAUCUGGGCCGUAGUGAAACCUGGAACGUCCUUUGGAAUCAGUGUGUUACGAGCUCUCAGGUUAUUGCGUAUUUUCAAAGUCACGAAAUACUGGGCUUCUCUCAGGAACCUGGUUGUGUCUCUCCUGAACUCCAUGAAGUCCAUCAUCAGCUUGUUGUUCCUCCUUUUCCUCUUCAUUGUUGUGUUUGCCCUUCUGGGAAUGCAGCUCUUCGGAGGCCAGUUCAAUUUUGAUGAUGGAACUCCUCCUACCAAUUUUGACACUUUCCCAGCAGCAAUAAUGACAGUAUUUCAGAUCUUGACUGGAGAAGAUUGGAACGCGGUGAUGUACGACGGGAUUAAAUCUCAGGGGGGUGUCAAACGGGGCAUGGUAUUCUCAAUCUAUUUCAUUGUGCUGACACUGUUUGGGAACUACACCCUGCUGAAUGUGUUCUUGGCUAUCGCAGUGGAUAACCUGGCCAACGCGCAGGAGCUCACCAAGGAUGAACAAGAGGAGGAGGAAGCAGCCAACCAAAAACUUGCGCUACAGAAAGCGAAGGAGGUGGCAGAAGUGAGUCCAUUGUCUGCAGCCAACAUGUCUAUAGCAGUGAAAGAGCAGCAGAAGAACCAAAAAUCCUCCAAGUCGGUAUGGGAACAGCGGACGAGCGAAAUGCGGAAGCAGAAUCUGAUGGCCAGCCGGGAGGCCCUGUACAAUGAGCUGGAUCCCGAAGAGAGAUGGAAAGUCUCCUACGCCCGGCAUAUGCGGCCAGACAUCAAGACCCACCUGGAUCGGCCCCUCGUGGUGGACCCCCAGGAGAACCGGAACAACAACACCAACAAGAGCCGGCCCAGCGACCCUUCUGUGGACCAGCGGCUCAGCCAGCAGCGCGCGGAAGACUUCCUGAGGAAGCAGGCCCGCUACCACGACCGAGGCCGGGAGUCCAACGGCUCCCGGAGCUACGAGCGGGCCGACUCGGGGGGCCUGGAGCCCCGGAGGCAGAGGAGCGGCAGCAAGGAGGCUGACCUGAACCGGGAAGGCCCCUAUGGGCGGGAGCCAGAUUAUCACACCGGCGACCGGGACGGAAACCAGGACCGCGGCUUCCGGGAGGGCGGCCUGGAGCACGGCAAGACGGGGGACCCUCACAGGAGGCAUCAGCAUCGGCAGGGGGGCAGCAAGGAGAGCCGGAGCGGGUCCCCCCGGGCAGGAGAGGGCGAGCGGGAGCCCCGGAGGCAUCGGGCCCACCGGCGGGUGGGCGAGGAAGGGGCCGAGGACAGCAACAAGGCAGAGCGGCGCUUCCGGCACCGGGAAGGAAGUCGGCCCGCUCGGGACGGCGAGGGCGAGCAGCAGGAUGGGGAGAGGCGGCGGAGGCACCGGCACGCGGCCGCCCAGGCCACGUAUGAAACCGAGCCCAAGAGGGAUGACAAGGAGCGCCGACACCGCCGGAGAAAAGAAAACCAAGGAUCCGGGGUCCCAGUGACAGGCCCGAACCUGUCCACCACCCGGCCAAUCCAACAGGACAUGGGGCGCCAGGAGCCCCCCUUGGCAGAGGACAUUGACAACAUGAAGAACAACAAACUGGCCACUACAGAGCCCACCAGCUCCCACAAUGCCAUUAAUGCUGUCAAUCCCCAAAGCCCAGCGAAGAUGGGCAACCACGCCAACCCCACUCCUCCACGGUCCACCCACGGCCUUCCUGGCCCCCCCAACCAGACUCCCAACCCCCAAAACGCUGCCAAUCGCCGGGCGCCCAACAACCCUGGAAACCCCUCUAACCCCGGCCCUCCCAAAAACCCCGAUAACAGCCUUAUCGUCACCAACCCCAGCACCCAAAACAACCCAGCCAAGACUGCCAAGAAGCCAGAACAUACAGCAGUGGAUAUCCCCGCCACCUUCCCCCCACCCAUCAACAACACUGUUGUCCAAGUAAACAAAAAUGCCAACCCAGACCCACUGCCAAAAAAGGAAGAGGAGAAGAAAGAAGAGGAGGAGGAUGACCUGGGAGAAGAUGGCCCCAAGCCCAUGCCCCCCUACAGCUCAAUGUUCAUCCUGUCCACCACCAACCCGUUCCGACAACUGUGCCAUUACAUUGUGAACCUGCGCUACUUUGAGAUGUGUAUCCUGAUGGUGAUCGCCAUGAGCAGCAUCGCCCUGGCCGCUGAAGAUCCCGUGCAGCCCAAUGCCCCCCGGAACAAUGUCCUGCGGUAUUUUGACUACGUCUUCACAGGUGUCUUUACCUUUGAAAUGGUUAUCAAGAUGAUUGACUUGGGGCUGGUCCUCCAUCAAGGAGCCUAUUUCCGGGAUCUCUGGAACAUCUUGGAUUUUAUUGUGGUCAGUGGGGCUCUGGUAGCUUUCGCCUUCACGAGCAGCGCACGUGGCAACAGUAAAGGAAAAGACAUUAACACGAUCAAAUCCCUCCGAGUCCUCCGUGUGCUGCGCCCUCUCAAAACCAUCAAGCGAUUGCCAAAGCUCAAGGCCGUGUUCGACUGUGUGGUGAAUUCUCUCAAAAAUGUGCUCAACAUCCUCAUUGUCUACAUGCUCUUCAUGUUCAUCUUCGCUGUGGUGGCCGUCCAACUCUUCAAGGGCAAGUUUUUCUUCUGUACAGAUGAGUCGAAAGAGUUCGAGAAGGACUGUAGGGGCGAGUAUCUUGUGUACGAGAAAGACAACGAGGUGAAGGCCCAGAAGCGAGAGUGGAAGAAAUACGAGUUCCAUUACGACAACGUCCUGUGGGCUUUACUGACCCUUUUUACUGUGUCCACAGGAGAAGGCUGGCCACAGGUCCUCAAGCACUCAGUGGAUGCUACUUUUGAAAACCAAGGUCCCAGCCCUGGAUACCGCAUGGAGAUGUCCAUCUUCUAUGUGGUGUACUUUGUGGUGUUCCCAUUCUUCUUUGUGAACAUUUUUGUGGCCUUGAUCAUCAUCACCUUCCAGGAGCAAGGAGAUAAGAUGAUGGAGGAAUACAGCCUGGAAAAGAAUGAGAGAGCAUGCAUUGAUUUUGCUAUCAGUGCCAAGCCUCUGACCCGACACAUGCCUCAGAACAAGCAGAGUUUUCAGUAUCGAAUGUGGCAGUUUGUGGUGUCCCCACCCUUCGAGUACACCAUCAUGGCUAUGAUAGCUCUCAACACCAUUGUGUUAAUGAUGAAGUUUUACGGGGCCACCACCGCUUAUGAAAACGUGCUACGAAUGUUCAACAUCGUCUUCACUUCUUUGUUUUCCUUGGAGUGCCUCCUCAAAAUCAUGGCUUUCGGAAUCCUGAAUUAUUUCCGUGAUGCCUGGAAUAUCUUUGAUUUUGUGACAGUUCUGGGCAGCAUCACAGACAUCUUAGUAACAGAGUUUGGGGAUCCGAACAACUUCAUCAACCUGAGCUUCCUGCGCCUCUUCCGGGCCGCUCGGCUGAUCAAACUGCUCCGCCAGGGUUACACCAUCCGGAUCCUGCUCUGGACGUUUGUACAGUCCUUUAAGGCCCUUCCCUAUGUCUGCCUGCUGAUUGCUAUGCUAUUCUUCAUUUAUGCCAUCAUUGGAAUGCAGGUAUUUGGUAACAUUGGCAUUGAUGAUGAAGAUGAGGGGUCCCACAUCACUGAACACAACAACUUCCGGACCUUCUUCCAAGCCCUGAUGCUUCUCUUUAGGAGCGCUACCGGUGAAGCCUGGCACGAUAUUAUGCUCUCCUGCCUAAGUGGGAAGCCCUGUGAUGAAAAUUCAGGCAUCAAGGAACCAGAAUGUGGGAACGAGUUUGCCUAUUUUUAUUUUGUCUCCUUCAUUUUCCUCUGUUCCUUCCUGAUGCUAAACCUCUUUGUGGCCGUCAUCAUGGAUAAUUUUGAGUACCUCACCCGAGACUCGUCCAUCCUGGGACCCCAUCACUUGGAUGAGUAUGUGCGUGUCUGGGCUGAAUACGACCCCGCGGCUUGCGGUCGAAUUCAUUAUAAGGAUAUGUACAGUUUAUUGCGUGUUAUAUCUCCCCCUCUCGGCUUAGGCAAGAAAUGCCCACAUAGGGUUGCUUGCAAGAGACUCCUACGCAUGGAUUUGCCCGUGGCAGAUGACAACACCGUCCAUUUCAACUCCACCCUCAUGGCUUUGAUUAGGACAGCCCUAGACAUUAAAAUUGCCAAAGGAGGGGCCGACAAGCAGCAGAUGGAUGCAGAGCUACGGAAGGAAAUGAUGGCCAUUUGGCCUAACCUCUCCCAGAAGACUCUGGACCUCUUAGUUACUCCCCACAAAUCAACUGACCUGACGGUGGGGAAGAUUUACGCUGCCAUGAUGAUCAUGGAGUAUUACCGACAGAGCAAGGCAAAGAAAUUGCAGGCUCUCCGGGAGGAGCAGAACCGUACCCCAUUAAUGUUUCAGCGCAUGGAGCCUCCGUCCCCAACCCAGGAGGGUGGCUUGGGACCGAACUCUCUCCCGUCAUCUCAGCUGGACCAAGGAGGAGGCCUAAUGACUCACGAAGGUGGUUUGAAGGAGAGCCCAUCCUGGGUCACCCAGCGAGCCCAAGAGAUGUUUCAGAAGACGGGAACCUGGAGUCCUGAGCGGGGCCGCCCUGAGGAUGUUCCUGACAGCCGGCCCAACUCUCAGUCCGUAGAGAUGAGAGAGAUGGGGAAAGACGGCUACUCCGACAGUGAUCACUACCUCCCGAUGGAAGGACAAGGCCGAGCGGCUUCCAUGCCUCGUCUCCCUGCUGAAAACCAGCGGAGGAAGGCACGGCCUCGAGGAAAUAACCUCAGUACCAUCUCAGAUGCCAGCCCCAUGAAGCGCUCUGCCUCCAUGCUGGGCCACUCCCGCUCCAAGGGCAUCCGUCUGGACGACUACUCCCUGGAGCGGGUCAUCCCGGAGGAGAACCAGCGGCACCACCAGCGGCGCAGGGAGCGCAGCCACCGGACCUCGGAGCGCUCACUCAGCCGAUACACAGAUGUCGACACAGGCUUGGGAACGGACCUCAGCGUGACCACCCAGUCGGGAGACUUGCCUUCUAAAGAACGAGACCAAGAGCGGGGGAGGCCUAAAGACCGAAAGCAUCAUCACCACCACCACCACCACCACCACCACCACACCUCCUCUGACAAAGAGCGCUACUCCCAGGAGAGACAUGAAUACAGUCGGCCACGGUCCAGGGACCAGCGCUGGUCCCGAUCACCCAGUGAGGGCCGAGAGCACAUGUCUCACAGGCAGGGCAGUAGUUCCGUAAGUGGGAGCCCAGUCCCCUCAACAUCUGGUACCAGCACACCAAGGCGCGGACGCCGUCAGCUCCCCCAGACCCCUUCCACACCCCGGCCACACGUGUCCUAUUCCCCUGUGAUCCGUAAGGCCACGGACACAGGUCCCCAGCCGCAGCAGCAGCCAGUGCACCCCUGCAGAGCACCCCCCCCCGGGCCACGAAGAUACCCAACCCUCCCUUCUGAGCACCAGGGGGGAGAGCGACCAGCCGGCAGCAGCCACGGCAGCAGCCGGUCACCCGGGAUGGAGCGGCACGCCAUGGCACCGCCACGGAACGACUCACCAUGGGCGUACCGCCACGCCGGCGGCCGAUGGGCCACCGCCGGCUCCCACCCCUCCGAGGCGCACCCAGGACCCCGGCACCACAGCGGCUACUACCGGAGCUCAGACUACGACGCCGAGGGCCCGGGGAGCGAAGAAGCCGCCUUCGCCUACGAGCCGCCACCACCGCCCGCCUCCUCCGGUUCGGGGAGGUCACCCAGGACUUCCCGGGCAGGGGGCCCAGCCUCGGUCUCGCCCUCCCGGCAUGGACGGCGCUUACCAAACGGCUACUAUCACAGCCACGGACUGACCAAGCCUCGAGGGACAGGCUCGCGGAAAGGACUGCACGAACCCUGUAGCGAAACUGACGACGAUGACUGGUGCUAAGUCUGGAAGUUUGUUUUACACACAGACACACACGCACGCACUCACACAUGCAGACAGACACACAGACAGGGGACAAAACGAGAACCCAUCAUCAUCCAAAAAGGAAAGAAAAACAAAA